CGUCCACGAGCCUCCCUCUCUCUCUCUCUCCGAGUUUUCAUUUUUAAAGACGGAGAAAAAGCCAGCUUCUUUUUUUCGGGUUCUCUGCUCUGUUCCUGCAAGAAUCUUUAUAAACCCUUCUCUCACUCUCUCUCUCUCUCCGAGUCUCAGUCUUAUCUCUUUCUCAUUCCAAACCUUGAAAGAGCUAAAACUCUGUAGAUGGCCUUCGAGUUACCAAACGACUUCAGGUGCCCGAUCUCUCUUGAGAUUAUGUCCGACCCGGUCAUCCUCCAAUCGGGUCAUACUUUCGAUCGGGUCUCAAUCGAACGGUGGAUUGACUCCGGCAAUCGAACUUGCCCAAUCACUAAGCUCCCGUUAUCUGAAAACCCUUCUCUGAUUCCUAAUCACGCACUUCGGAGCUUAAUUUCAAACUUUGCUCAUGUGAGUCCUAAGGAAUCAUCACGUCCUCGGGCUCAGCAAGAACACUCUCAGUCUCAAUCCCAAGCUUUAAUCUCCACCCUCGUCUCUCGAUCGUCGUCUAAUGCAUCAAAGCUCGAGUCUUUGAGCCGCCUUGUUCGUCUCACGAAGCGAGACUCGUUAAUCCGGAGGAAAGUUACUGAAUCAGGCGCGGUUCGUGCGGCUUUGGAUUGUGUUGACUCUGGUAAUCAUGUUUUACAGGAAAAGUCUCUGUCUUUGCUAUUGAAUCUUAGUUUAGAAGAUGAUAACAAAGUGGGUUUAGUUGCUGAUGGAGUGAUAAGACGGAUAGUGGCUGUUUUACGGGAAGGGUCACCGGAUUGUAAAGCCAUUGCUGCAACACUGUUAACGAGUUUAGCUGUUGUGGAAGUGAACAAAGCCACUAUUGGAUCGUAUCCUGAUGCAAUCUCUGCUCUUGUUUCUCUUCUCCGGUUAGGGAAUGAUAGGGAGAGAAAGGAAUCUGCCACGGCGCUUUACGCUCUAUGUUUGUUUCAGGAUAAUCGAAAACGGGUUGUGGAUUGUGGGUCGGUGCCUAUUUUGGUUGAAGCUGCUGAUUCAGGGCUAGAGAGAGCAGUGGAAGUGUUGGGACUUUUGGUUAAGUGUAGAGGAGGGAGAGAAGAAAUGAGCAAAGUAAGUGGCUUUGUUGAGGUUUUGGUUAACGUUUUGAGAAAUGGGAGUUUGAAAGGGAUUCAGUAUUCUCUGUUUAUACUCAAUUGCUUGUGUUAUUGUAGUCGAGAAAUCGUGGAUAAGGUUAUGAGAGAAGGAGUUGUAGAGAUAUGCUUUGGUUUGGAAGAUAAUGAGAGUGAGAAAAUCAGGAGGAAUGCUGCUAACUUAGUCCAUACUUUACAUGGAAAUCCAAUGAAUUCAUGAUUUUGGGAGUGUGAUUUGGUGCUGAAAAUGGAAGUUUAAAAGAUCGGUUUCUGUUAUUCGGUGGCGGUUUUGGGGAUUAUAGUUGUCUGGUUUUGGUUAUCUAAUCUGGAUAUGGAGGUAAGUUUGGGUUCUCUACGUUGGAUUUUCCACUUGUAGUUCAUGUACAAAAAGAAAGGAAGAACAAAACAAAGGAUUAAGUUUUUCAACAAAGCAAAAUGCAAAGGCUUUUCAGUUUUUUUUGUGUUUGUCUGUACAUUAAAGAAAUAAAAGGAUCAUACAUAGUAGUUUACUUCAUGUGCUUCAAAAUGUUCAUCAUCAAUAGAAUUGUAAUCUUUUUCUUUGUUUCGAUCA